ACUCAUUGUCCUGGGCUAGGCUCUUGUCAAGGCAGCUAUCAGAAGUCGAUGCCACCUGAUCGCACAGCGAUACCCCGAUCAGAACCUGGACCGUCUACAGCAAGUAGUCUCAUCUUGCUGAUCAUGCAUGAGCGUUGCUGACCUCCAAGGACAGUGGGAGUAACGGUAAAUGGCUAGUCCUGUGCGAGGAAUUAUUUGAAGAAGUGUGCUGUGAAUUUACCAUCCGCAAGCUGGACCUUACGCCCGGUGAGAUACGAGCGAUCUUUGAUGCCGAAUGGGUCUCCCAAGUCACCUACGAACUUGUUACAAAACCAGCUCGCCCAAGACGACGGAACGCACAGCGAGCUGCGCAUCAAUUCGGAUCAUGCUCACCAGACCUGAUUGAACAAGCUGGCACUCCCAUCCCGGGAGGUGCUGCGCCGAGCAUUUCGACAUCACUGCAGUCGACGACAUCAUCGACGGCUCCUGCGACCAACUCGAAUACAAUGUGUGCUGUUCUCGAGAACGUACAGGUUCGGAACUCUGGAAGCCCUGUAGAGACAAUGUCGUCAGCCCACGUAUCAAAUGCACGUGGGAGUCGGGCGCCUACCUGGUUCAGAACGGUGCUGAAUUAAGGGAGCCGUGGUCUGCUUCUGCAAUAAGGAUCAAGCACUUAUCGGGCUGUCUGUACCACAAUAUCACGACAACGGCGUCUCUAUUCCGUGGCCUGGUUCCCAUAUGGUGACGACGUGGAAUUACUCUUUGCUAAGCACUGGCCAAAGCCAUUCCUUCACGAGCCGCAUGCUAUCAGAGACUAGCUGGACAUUCAACCCUCAAGCCGUGCACCUCCGCGAGGCUGCAGAGCAGGACGCGGUGUAGCACCUAUGGAACAGCUAUUAGGACUUGUGCUCACUUUCAUAAAUGGCUUUCGAUAUGCUGGUGCGCAGCCGCCCGGACGAUGCCCUCGUCAUUCUCAGGGCCGACCUCGCUACUGGAUAGUGCCUUCCUCUUCACGAUCCAAUCCACUUCGCCAACCUCCCAACGUCGCAGAAAGAGCAAACUUGCUCCACCAGUAAGGGAUAUGAAGCCUACAAACACCUGAAGUAUCGGAUCCAGCAGUUCCCGUGACGAUUCCAAGCACAAUUGGUUCGCUGAAGGUUGUCAGACGGACAAUGAUCAUCCAUGCGAGGUUGAGCGCGGAUGGAUGGUCCGCUGCGAAGGCCGACAACUUCUGCUGCCGCCAAUGCAACCGUGGCCCCAUGAUACGUACCGGUCAGGCUCCCCCAACUAGUGCGAAGAUUGACAGAAAGCCAUAAGUCUGCGUGGGAAUGCAGAUGCCGAAAGUGAAGAUGGCACAUGGAAAAGUCAUUGCCACAGCCAUAUUGAGACGCUCAAUGCCGGCAGAGAAUUAUCCCAUGGGUCGCCAUUCUAGUCCUUGGUCUCGGCUGAGUAUGGCUCAUAACUCCGAUGCGUGUUGGGCGUCGAGGCUCACGGUAGCAUUCUGAUACUUCGCUCGCUCCUGUCGUGGAGGCGAUGCGGUAUGUUUCGGCUUUGAUUCGGCAACACGACUGACCAAAACGCAAUAGCAUUAACGAGGCGGCGUGGCUUUGGCGUUGUUUGGUAUCUAAAACACGAGAUAUACAGUACCUAAGUUAGCCUCGGAGACAGAUGAAGAGCUCAGCGAGGCUUUGCGGGCUCCGGAUUACAUCAGCCAGCUUUGAGGCUCCACCAAGGGUCCACGGAUCCACGAGUAGGAUCGACCUCUUGGGUGGAAAGUCUAGCCCUGGCACACUACUAGGAGGUACUUGUGACUACCGCUGCACAGACUGUUGGUAGCGAUAUACCUCUUCUCGGGCACCACGGACUCCGAGUACCCCCUGGAUGCAGGCAGCACGUGGAAUUGAUGGCAAAUCUGAUCAAGCACGCGACUAUUCACACGAGACAAUAUUACCAGAGGCACUAGUACCAGCGACCGUCUUACCAGAGGCACUAGCAAAAGAGACAGUAUCACCAGAGGCACUAGCAAAAGAGACAGUAUUACCAGAGGCACUAAGGUAGUACCAGAGACAGCAUUACCAGAG